UCACUGCCGGCGGCGCGCGGCGAUUGGUCAGCCCCGGGCGCUGGCGACGCGCAGGGUGAAGCUGCGGCGGCUUCCCGUGUGCGCCGUGCGGACUCCAGGAUGAGGAUGAUGGAGAGCGCAGACUCCGUGGUGCCCCGGUCCAGCGAGGACCUCUGGGCAGAGAUCUGCUCCUGUCUGCCCCAUCCCGAGCUCAAGGACAGCGGCGAUGCCUUCACAGACUCCUUCAUGGACUCCUACGCCCAGGGCAGCGGAUCCGGUGGCUCUCCCCGCCCCAGCCUGAAGCCCUGGGCACCCCUGAACGACUCCGAGGUGUACCUGGCAUCCCUGGAGAGAAGACUGAUGAGGAUCAAGGGCUUGUCCCAGGAGGUGACCUCCAAGGACAUGCUGCGCACGCUGUCCCAGGCCAAGAAGGAGUGCUGGGACAGGUUCCUGCAGGAGAAGUUUGAGGCGGAAUGUUACGUGGAGGGCCACGACGCUGACGAGAGGUAA